AUGGGCUGCAUCCUGACUAAAGUCUGUCACGAUAACGACCUGGUGAGGGAGGACCACGAUCUGCUGUUACUGCAUUCCCACCGUCUCUCAAGUACCAAGACGACACUCUUAUCAAUGGAUCUAAAAGACAUCUCGGUAGCUACGUGGUUGCAGAAGGAAGAGAUGGAGAAGACAAUAAGGCGGAAUUUGCUCGUGUAUGGAGGAGGAAUUCCUGGUGUUGCAUUGGAUGAUGACAGAGUAGACCUGCCAGAGUUUACAGGUGUCCAAGAAGGAGGUUACAAGUCUAUUAAUUGCCGACUUUAUUGGGGUGUCCGGACCAGAGCUGGUAACGACCCGCUGAAACGCCGCAAGGAGAACCAAGACGCCUUCUGUGUAUGUGAUGCAAUGGCUGACGACGCACGUGCUACUUUCUUCUCUGUUUUUGACGGGCACGGACCUCAGGGAGCUUUUGUGAGCCACUUUGUGAGGGAACAGUACCAUCGAGCGGUGGCAGAAGCUUACGCCGAGCUGUUUUCAUCCGUGUCCAAUAAGAACAGAAUUGGUUUCGGAGCCAAAAAAGCAAGUGUUACGUGCGAUAUUGUAGCGGUACUUUUUCAGCAGGCGGUGCGGCGGGUUGUGGAAAAAUUGGACGCUAGCAUGAUCGACAUCAGUGUCAGCGGCACCACGGCAGUGGCCAUGCUUGUGCGCGAGAAGGACGUAUUUAUGGCCAAUCUUGGCGACAGCCGAGCUGUCAUCGCAAGGUAUCUGGAGGAAGAGCAGCACUAUGUCGUACACUGCGAGACGAAGGAUCAUAAACCGGAUGAACCUGAGGAGCGCGCGCGGAUCGAACGCAACAACGGGCGUGUAUUCGAGUGGGGAUCUUACCGCGUGUGGUUGCAGGAUGUAGAUAUGCCUGGGUUAGCGAUGUCGCGAUCGUUUGGCGACUUGGUGGCCAAAAGUGUGGGCGUGACUGCCGAACCGGAUGUAACGAUUGUGGAAAAAAUGAAGUUUAGCAGCACUGACAGGAAGAACAGGGACCGACCUGCGGCGUUUGCGGUGCUAGCUAGUGACGGAUUAUGGGAGUUCAUGACAACAGCCGAGUGCAUUGAUUUUGUGGCUGCUUGCAUUGUCGACUCGGGGAAGUCACCCCAGGAAGCAUGUAAUGCCCUUAUUGCGGAAGCGUAUGACCGAUGGGACGCAGAGGAGGACGUGGUGGAUGAUAUCACUGCAGCCGUUGUCUACUUUUGA